GCUCUUUGCGGUGGUCUGGGAAGCGCGCCGGGAAUCUUUGCCGUAGCACUGCGGCCCAGGAAGUUCUGCUGGUGGAACCGUCAAAGGGAACAUCGGGUGAUUGUUGUAGGCAGCAUGCCUCGCUUCAGCAUGGGUUCGGGUGCCACCCCAAAAGGAGCAGUGCGCUCCAGCGCCACUCCGACACUGGUGUCGCUGCAGGGCAUUGUUGCCCCCAGUCUGCCCUCGGUUCAGCCGGUGAGCACGAAGGGUAAGGUAGUUUUCCUCUUCGGCACCGCCACGAAAUACCCCUGCUUCAAGUUUGUGGUCGUUGCCGAGGGUGAGCCGGAGUGCAAAGUUCUGGUGAAGUGCAACCAGCCGGCGCCUGUGUCGCUUUCAGUGGAUGACAUGGUGUUGAUCGGCAAGGCCGAGGCCCGCCUCACAUGGAAGCGCAACGGCCAGAUUCCGGAAUCCCACGUAGCCGGCAGGCUGGCAGAUGUCGAGCUUGCGGUCAAUCUUCCGGGACCCAAGCGCAAAAGGUUAACUUUGCAAAUCUUGCCGGACGAGAACUGCGAAGGCUUCCCCAAAGCUUCCUUUGAUGUGCUGCCCUCAUUGGCUGCAGUUGGCAUGCCGAGCGGCGGUGAUGAGGCAUAUUGCUGCGCGCGCCUGAGCAUCUCUGAAGUGGGGGCAUUGGUGGAGGGCGAGAAGCCUCGUCGCAUGAUUCGCUGCAGUGACAUGGAGGGGGAGGAUCCAGCCAGUUCCUUGGUGGAACUGCCCUAUUGA